GUUCGUGUGCAGUCGCGGCGGCUUGACGCGGGAACAUCCUAGAAGCCAGACGGCUGAUCCACGAGUGGCUCCGUCUCGGACAUAAUCGAUGAAAUAACGGAUUAAAGUCGACGCAGGACAUCUCCGGACUUUCGUUUUCGCUCCGCAGCUCCGUCAUGGCCGCAGUUCGUCUCUCCGCCGAAGGUUUUGGCCGCGGAAACCAAUAAAGCUCGAGCCGCCGUCGCCCCAGAUGUGGCCCUUACCUCUGCUGAGACUGCUGUUCAUGAACGCCGGGGACGUUUCCGUCGACAGGCUGCGGCCCGGCCUGGAGGGAUGACAGGACAUUAGCGGACAUGGAGACCCGGGCAGACGGACAGCUGGAAACGCCGCCACGCUCUGUUAGUCUGGACGCUCCGCUGCAAAUCCCCACAGCGAUCUCAGGCGAACAGUGAACCCUGGUCUUUUUAAAAAGUCUUAGUUUGUUUUUUUUGUUUUUUUAAAAUUUGAUUUCUCAGUGAGUCGGCGCACAGCCGUAAAGCCAUCGACACAUAUCACAAUGAGCUCAGAGGGCUUUCAGUACCGAGCGCUGUAUGACUAUAAGAAGGAGCGGGAGGAGGACAUCGACCUGCACGUGGGCGACAUGCUGCUGGUCAGUAAAGGAGCUCUGCUGGCGCUCGGCUGCAGCAGCGGCGCCGAGGAGCGGCCCUCCGAGAUCGGCUGGCUGCCCGGCUUCAACGAGACCACGCAGGAGAAAGGCGACUUCCCGGGGACGUAUGUGGAGUUUGUCGGCAGGAAGAGGAUGUCCCCGCCCACUCCUAAGCCCCGCCCUCCCAGGCCGCCCUCUGCGGCGUCGGCGAGGGCCGACUCAGAGUCAGAGGGAAACUUGUUGCCAGACCUCCCAGAGCUGUUUGGACCCCCGGACACGGCCCCUCCCCUCCUCAGCAGACUGAUGGAGGCCAUAGAGUCCACAGGCCUGGAGAGCUGCAGUCUGUACCGGAGCCUGGCCGGAGGAGCUCUGGACGCCCGGCAGCUGGCCGACACCGACCUGGAGCAGCUGGAGGUGUCGUCUCUGUGUGACGGGGUGGUGAGGUUCCUGCAGGAGCUGCCCGGUCCCGUCCUGCCCGCCUCGCUGCAGACCGACAUGAUCCACGCCGUGCAAGAGGUGCGCGACCCGGAGGACUGCGCCCAGGUGCUGCGGGGCGUGGCCAGCUCGCCCGCCUGCCCCGCCCAGUACGGCCUGACGCUGCUCAGCCUGGUGCGCCACCUCGCCCGGCUCUGCCUGCACGCCUCCAGGAACCAGCUGAGCCCCCGCGGCCUGGCCGAGGCCUUCAGCCCGCUGCUGUUCAGACCGCCCGCGGGUUCUGAGUCCAGUUCAGAUCUGCUGGUUCAGGUGCUGGAAGUUCUGAUCACCAGCGAACUCAACAUGAACCAGGCUGCACCAGCUUUGCCUCCUAAACCUGCGAAGCCGUCCACUCCAGUUCCCAGCAGCUUCAAUAACAGUAUGGCUCUGCAGGACUCUGAGUGGUACUGGGGUGAUAUAUCCAGAGAGGAGGUGAACGAGAAGCUGAGAGACACUGCUGACGGUACGUUCCUGGUUCGAGACGCCUCCACCAAGAUGCACGGAGACUACACUCUGACUCUGAGGAAAGGAGGCAACAACAAACUGAUAAAGAUUUUCCAUCGGGAGGGGAAGUACGGCUUCUCCGACCCCUUGACCUUCAGCUCCGUGGUGGAGCUGAUCAACCACUACCGCCAUGAGUCCCUGGCCCAGUACAACCCCAAGCUGGACGUCAAGCUGCUCUACCCCGUCUCCAAGCACCAGCAGGACCAGGUGGUGAAGGAGGACAGUAUCGAAGCUGUGGGGAAGAAACUCCACGAGUACCACCUCCAGUACCAGGAGAAGAACCGAGAGUACGACAGACUGUACGAAGAGUACACCAGAACGUCACAGGAGAUUCAGAUGAAGAGGACGGCCAUCGAGGCGUUCAACGAGACCAUCAAGAUCUUCGAGGAGCAGUGCCAGACCCAGGAGCGCUUCAGCAAGGAGUACAUCGAGAAGUUCCGCCGCGAGGGCAACGACAAGGAGAUCCAGAGAAUCAUGGGAAACUACGACAAGCUGAAGUCUCGGAUCAGUGAGAUCGUGGACAGCAAGCGCCACCUGGAGGUGGACCUGAAGAAACAGGCCGCCGACUACAGAGAGAUCGACAAGAAGAUGAACAGCAUCAAACCAGACCUGAUCCAGCUCCGCAAGACCAGGGACCAGUACCUGAUGUGGCUGACGCAGAAGGGAGUGCGGCAGAGGAAGCUGAACGAGUGGCUCGGCCUGAAGAACGAGACCACAGAGGAUGAGUACAGCAUGGUGGAGGACGAGGAGGACCUUCCUCACCACGACGAGCGGCUGUGGCGUCUGGGCAGCAUCAACCGCGGCCAGGCCGAGUCGCUGCUGCGCGGCAAGAGGGACGGGACCUUCCUGGUGCGGGACAGCAGCAAGCCGGGCUGCUACGCCUGCUCCGUGGUGGUGGACGGCGAGGUGAAGCACUGUGUCAUCAAUAAGACUCACACGGGUUAUGGCUUCGCUGAGCCCUAUAACCUGUACGGCUCCCUGAAGGAGCUCGUGCUGCACUACCAGCACACGUCGCUGGUGCAGCACAACGACUCGCUCAACGUCACGCUGGCCUUCCCCGUCUACAGCCAGCAGAGGCGGUGACCCGCGACCAAACGCCCCCCGCCCCGCCCGCCCCCGUCCCCCGUGCCCCCGCCCCCCGCCCCGUCGCUCCCUCACUUCAUCCCGCUUUCUGUCAGACGAGUGCGGGAGCAGGUGGACGCGCUUCCCCCUCAGCAGAUUCGCCAAAUCAGGGUAACACACGAACACCUGAGAGAUGAAAUCAGGCGUUUUAAUCGCCCCGGAGACCAAACCCAGAGCGGGGCGGGGCACUCGGCUCCCGCCUGACUCCCUCUGUCACAGGGCUACGAGCCUCACGUGUCCCCCCCCCCCACCUCGCCCUGCACACAUGGAGGGAACUCUUCCACCUGACGUGCCAUACAGGUAAAACACGCCCCGGCCCAUUGCCGCCGCCCGGACGCAGCUUCCUUUUGGACGGCGUGCGGUCGCGUCCAGCUGCCGAACUGCCCGCGCAGUCGCAGACGGAAAAACGGCGAGUGUUUUCCCGCUCGGCCGGUGCUCAUUUCCUCUCUGCCGAGAUCAAAGGUACAGCGACGUGACGCCCCGCGGCUUCCUGUCACCUGGAGAGAGCCUGUCACAACAAGACUGUGCUGUGCUGUGAUGAUGAUGAUGAUGUCAAAGGUGUCAUGAUGGACGAUGAUGAUGAUGUCAUUGGUGCAAAAUGACGGACAAUCGAGAGACAGAGAGACUUUUCUUGUCAUGCUAACACUGUGAGGGACUGAGCGAGGCGGCGUCCGAUCCAAAGCCAAGAAGAGGCAGCCUUCAAAAGACAUGACCCCCCUCCCCUCCACACACACACACACACACACACACACACAAGCAGAGUUUGCUUUUUAAUGUUUCUCAGUUUCCUGUUUCUUGUCGUUCGUGUCACGUUCUUUCAUUUCAACACGAAGCUGCAGCAAAACGAGGGGACUGGAAAAAGUUCAGGACAAAAACAAAAGGCUUUCUUUACACACGGGUGUCCACCUAUUUCUGGAAUUACACAAAGCAUUUGUAAAAAAAAAAAAAAAGAAAGAAAGGAAAAAAAAGACAGACAGUUUCAUGGAGCCUGAGUUUGCAGAGUGCAGCUGUCGGCGUCCAGCUGAGCGUCUCUGCGGGUUUUUCUGUUUGCUCAUGGAGAGAAGCGUCGCUCGAACUCAUCAAACAACACGCCAAACUCGCUUUACUUUUCCAACUUUCUCACUUAUGGAAACUGACACAGAUUUAACCCUUUGAAACCUGAGCAGAUGCACCCGAUUUCCUCCACAGGCAGAAGAAAUAAAUUCAAUAAUAAAUACCAAAACAAAAGUGAAUAAUCAAUCUAAAAUUUAGAAAAAAAAAAAAAACAU